AUGACCGUCUUCCAAGCGGUGGAGCAGUUCGGCCAGCACGCGACGCAGGCCGGCCCCGAGCAGACAGUCAGCGCCACCGAGCUGUUCGAGACGACACACACCAUCCACUACAGGUGCGCGGACGCGCUGUGGUCGGCCGCGGCCGUCCCCGCGCCCUCCUGCCCCCUCCUGCCGUACCUCACCGCACGUCUGCCGUCGACCGUCACCGUCGACGACCCGUGCCUGGAGACGCUGCAGCUGCUGCGGCUGCUGCACGCCCUCUCGCGACACUACGGCACCCUCUACCACAUGGAGCACUGUCCGCCGCUGCUCUCGGAGCAGGAGUUUAUCAACAGUCAGCUGACGGCCAAGGCCAGCCGUCAGCUGCGGGAUCCUCUGAUCCUCAUGACCGGCAGCACGCCGCAGUGGAUCCAGCAGAUCGGGCUCACAUGCCCGUUCGUGUUCCCGUUCGAAACGCGCCGGCUGCUGUUCUUCACGGUGGCGCUGGACCGGGACCGGGCGCUGCUGCGUCUGCUGGAG